AUGUCUUGUUCCAUAACUGAAGCUAUCAAGGAACCCUUGAAAGUCAUCGACACCUUGUUCGCCGACUACAUUCAAGAUCCUGCAGCUACUCCCAAUGCGUUUGAUCCUUCGCAGACAUUUGCCGAUCUGUUUGCCAAUGAGGAAGCACGUUCACAGAUUCCUUCCAUAAAUAACACGCCUGUGAAACAACUUCCUAAAAAUACGUUGGUGCGUUUCCGAUGCAUGGUUCAGGACACUGGUUUGGGACAAGAGAUGUUCGUAUCAGCUUAUAAGGAUCAAGACAAGGUCAUGUGUUAUCGAUACACUGAAGAUCCCGUCGAUGUCAAUUUUGACAUUCAUGAUAUCCCAAGCGACUAUCUUAGCGAGCGUACUCUUGUGUAUUGUGUAUCGCCACCUGGAGAGACUCAAUGGUUGAAGCGUCGUCUUUACAAGGAGAAGGAGGGUCUUGAAUCGGCUAUGGAUCAAUUGCAUAUUUCUCAACAAGAUCAACAACAACAACAACCACAGCACAAAAAGUAUCCACUUCCAAAUACGCCCCACGUAUCCGCUGCUGUCAAGUUUUACGCGUCAGCUGAUUCCCUCAGGGUCGGUCAACUUGUUGAUGUCAUUGGUGUUCUUGGCCAUCACGAAGCACCAGAAGAAGGAUCCAUGCAGCAUGAUGCCAUUGAACAAGCUGGAUUCGAUGCUUCUCAUUUAUCUUUGGAGAACAUUCCUGUUGUGCAUGCGAUUACUUUUCGUUCAUUGGAUGAGGGAUCGAAGAAAAAGGCCUUUGAUUCUCAACAAGAUUUGCCUCACCAUGAUAUUCGUGCCAAAUUGAUUGAUUACCUAUCGACGGUCUUGGGUGGUGACAAGCUGGCUGCUGAAUUCUUAUUGUUAUCCCUUGUCUCACGCGUAACCGCAAAGAACCGAGGUGUCAAAAUUGGCCAUUUCACACUCAAUCUUGUCAAUUUCCCCGAUACAGCGGCGGCAAAACAGUCGGCAAGCAACAUGUACGCGCCUCAGAACAAUGCAACCAAGCUCCUCGCAUCGCUUUUGGAAACACUCGUGCAUCAUUGUGUCGCAUUGCCGCUCAGCAUUGAUUUAUUGAACAAAUCCAACUUUUCUCCAAAGAGUGUCAAUGAGAAUCUCGAGGCUGGUAUGCUUCAGUUGACAAAUGGUACAGUGGUCCUCGUCGAUGAAACGGCUCUUACAGAAGGCAAAUUGGGUGAUACAGGUGUUCGAAAUGUGCAGGCCCUGUCGAAUAUCAUCAAUCAUCAAAGCUUGAGUUACAUCUUCCCAUACAGCCAAUUCGACUUUGAUACUGAUCUUGUCGUACUCACCUUGUCUCAUGGCAAAUCCAUGUUGCCGAAUCAUUGCACUUUGCGUAUUGAACCCCAAUACAACUUGGAUGAGCUGCCUCCCAUGGAUGAAGACAUGUUGGAUUAUUUCAGAAUGUACAUUGAAGACCUUCGACAUGCUGAAUAUGAGAUUCCAGAACAAGUAUCCGAGUAUAUUCAAACGACGUUCGUAAACGGCCGUAAAACAGCAUCUGCUAAUGGAACCCCAUUGCCAUCACAAGAUGAUUUAAUGUUGCGUGUGAGUCUCGCAAGAAUGGUGUCUUUAUCUUUUGGUGAACGUGUAUUGAGCAAGGAAUCGUAUGAUCAUGCAAUGCGGUUGGAUACCAGUCGAAAGGCACGAACAGGCACUCAAACUACCGGUGAAAAAUGA